CUCCUCCUUGCCCUCUUCGGGCUUAGCCGCCGCGCUGCCCGGCUGCUCCGUCCUCUGGAUGCCCGCGGCGAUGUUCACCCGCGCCGUGAGCCGACUGAGCAGGAAGCGGCCGCCGUCUGAUAUCCACGACGGAGAUGGGAGCUCAAGCAGCGGCCACCAGAGCCUCAGGAGCACAGCCAAGUGGGCGUCUUCCCUGGAGAACCUUCUGGAAGAUCCAGAAGGAGUGCAGAGAUUUCGGGAGUUUCUGAAGAAGGAAUUCAGUGAAGAGAACGUCUUGUUUUGGCUAGCGUGUGAAGAUUUCAAGAAAACGGAGGACAGGAAGCAGAUGCAGGAAAAGGCCAAGGAGAUCUACAUGACCUUCCUGUCCAAUAAGGCCUCUUCACAAGUCAACGUGGAGGGGCAGUCUCGGCUCACUGAAAAGAUUCUGGAAGAACCACACCCUCUGAUGUUCCAAAAGCUCCAGGACCAGAUCUUCAAUCUCAUGAAGUAUGACAGCUACAGCCGCUUCCUGAAGUCUGACUUGUUUCUGAAACCCAAGCGAACUGAGGAAGAGGAAGAAGAGCCCCCAGAUGCUCAGACCGCAGCAAAGCGAGCCUCCAGAAUUUACAACACAUGAGCUGAGCCCUUCACCCCAGCGAAGGAGAGGGAUGGACUCUUAGAACUGUACAGGGUGUCAUUACUUGGUUGUGUUUGAGGACUGGAGUGUGCUAGACCUUCCCUCGGGAUAAGUGUAUUUUAUUAACUGAACAGCAGCCUCUGCAUGAUGCUAAUCUUCCAUUAAAAACAAAAGUAGCUUUAAAGUGUCAGUUCACAAAACACAUGAGAUCCCUCCAACACUGGACACUCAGAGCCUUUCAAUCUUGAUUAAAGUGUUCCUGAAGCUACAAGUGAAA